GUCGGGUGCAAGGUCUUCCUUUUGCUUCGAGCCCAAGCCCGAGCCCGAGCCCAAGCCCAAACCCGAGCACGAAUCGUGGCCUGUCUGGCAUAUGCCCAUGCCAAGAGGCUUCAAAUUAGAAUUGGGCAUUCAGUAUUCAGUAGUGUCCUCUCCCUCCCUGUAUCAGUAUCAUCUUAUCCAUUUGUAUAGUCUUCCACCAUUUCCCAAACCAUAAUCUCUUCUCCUUCUCUCUCUACAAAUCCAUGGCGAUGAUGGCAUUUGCUUCGUCUCUAACGGUUCAAUCAACAUGGACUCAAAAACCCAUGUUCAACACCAAUUCAAACAAAUCUCCUCUUCUGGGACUUUCUCGUUCAUCAACAACAUUCAUCCCCAAAGCAUCAACUAAAUCUAAAUCACAUGCAGAACUAUGGGAAGAAUUCAAAAAAUCCCGCAAAGAAGUCAUUCAUAUUCCUGUAGACCAGCGCUGGAUGUUUACUCUUGAAGAAGCAGUCGGCCCUGAUAUUUGGAACAAAACAUGGUACCCUAAAGCUGCUGACCAUGUUAAUACCGAUAAGCCAUGGUAUGUUGUUGAUGCCACAGAUCUGAUUCUUGGGAGGUUGGCAUCAACUAUAGCAGUGCAUAUCCGUGGGAAAAAUUUGGCUACGUAUACUCCAAGUGUCGACAUGGGAGCCUUUGUGAUUGUGGUUAAUGCUGAAAAAGUUGCUGUAUCAGGUAAAAAGAGGACACAAAAGUUAUACAGGAGGCAUUCAGGAAGGCCAGGUGGUUUGACGGAGGAAACUUUUGAUCAACUUCAGAAAAGAAUACCCGAGAGAAUUAUUGAACAUGCAGUUCGUGGCAUGCUUCCUAAAGGAAGACUCGGCCGGCAGUUGUUCAAUCAUCUUAAAGUAUACAAAGGACCAGACCAUCCACACCAAGCUCAGCAACCUGUCCCUCUACCGAUCAGAGACAAGAAAAUCCGUAAGGAGAACUGAAAACUUGCACACUUUUCCUGCUUUUGAAGGCCAGUUACUAGAACAUCUCUCCAUGGUGAUGGAUUAGGCUUCUUGUUUUGUAGAUUGAAAUUUUAAAUCUUGAAGUAGGUCUAAUUGUUGGUAGAUAAUUUACCAUUUUGUAAUUCAAUUCAUAAAAAAAAAAAAGAAAAUAUAUGUAUCUUUCAAAGGUGUUUUUGCUGUAUGAAUAUUGCUUCAAAUGUUGUUUCUAAGGUUCUCCCACUA